AACUCUGAUUCCUGGAAUUGUUACCAGGUGACCACGACGUCAUCAAAUGGUCUGGCCAUUCCUUCUACUGAUGUCUCAAACAUGUUUCAGACUAAGCUACGAAAUGAAAGUUGGGAAGACUUGCAGAAAAUGUCCUGCACAACUGAGAUCCAAGUAGCAUUCAUUCUCUCCUCCUUUAUGACCUUCAUCAGUGGACUCAUCAUCCUGCUGAUCUUCAGGCUGAUUUGGAGAACUGUUAAAAAAUGGCAAAUCAUCAAGGGAACAGGAAUUAUCUUGGAACUGUUCACAUCAGGUAGCAUCCCUAGGAACCAUGUAAGAAGCCUCCACUUCCAGGGACGAUUUCGUGAUCGUAUAGAAAUGUUGCUUUCGGCCCAGACCUUUGUGGGGCAAGUGUUGGUGAUCCUUGUCUUUGUACUAAGCAUUGGGUCUCUUAUUAUCUAUUUCAUCAAUUCUGCUGACCCUGUUGGAAGCUGUUCAUCAUACGAAGAUAAAACCAUUCCUGUUGAUUUGGUUUUCAAUGCUUUCUUCAGUUUCUAUUUUGGAUUGAGAUUUAUGGCAGCUGAUGACAAGAUCAAGUUCUGGCUGGAGAUGAAUUCUAUCGUAGAUAUCUUUACCAUCCCACCGACCUUUAUUUCUUACUAUUUGAAGAGCAAUUGGCUAGGUUUAAGGUUCCUAAGAGCAUUGCGGCUGCUAGAACUCCCUCGAAUCUUGCAAAUUCUACGAGCCAUCAAGACCAGUAACUCAGUGAAGUUUUCCAAACUGUUGUCAAUAGUUCUCAGUACCUGGUUCACAGCUGCAGGAUUCAUUCACCUGGUGGAAAAUUCUGGUGAUCCCUGGCUCAAAGGUAGAAAUUCACAGAAUAUAUCAUAUUUUGAGUCAGUUUACCUGGUCAUGGCAACAACGUCAACUGUUGGCUUUGGAGAUGUGGUAGCCAAGACAUCCUUAGGACGGACGUUCAUCAUAUUCUUCACACUGGGGAGUUUGAUAGUGUUUGCAAACUAUAUACCUGAAAUGGUGGAACUGUUUGCUAACAAGAGGAAAUACACCAGUUCCUAUGAAGCACUCAAAGGAAAGAAGUUUAUUGUGGUCUGUGGAAACAUCACCGUGGACAGUGUGACCGCUUUCCUGAGGAAUUUCCUCCGUCGCAAGUCAGGAGAGAUCAAUACCGAAAUUGUUUUCCUGGGAGAGAGCCCUCCUUCUUUGGAACUUGAAACCAUAUUUAAAUGCUACUUGGCCUACACAACAUUCAUUUCUGGAUCUGCAAUGAAGUGGGAGGAUCUGAGGCGAGUUGCGGUGGAAUCUGCAGAGGCAUGCCUGAUUAUAGCCAACCCUUUGUGCAGUGAUUCCCAUGCUGAAGAUAUUUCCAACAUUAUGAGAAAGACAUCCAUCCACAAGAGCUUUCUUGAGGUGUGUUUAUUCCUAAUACUUGACCUGCUUUGUACUAUGGAACAGGUUUAUCUGCCAAAGAUUCCCAGCUGGGACUGGGAUGCCGGAGACAACAUCAUUUGCUUUGCUGAAUUAAAGCUUGGGUUUAUCGCCCAAGGCUGUUUGGUGCCAGGCUUGUGUACCUUCCUAACAUCUCUAUUUGUGGAGCAAAACAGAAAGGUUACACCUAAACAGACCUGGCAGAAACACUUCUUGAAUGGCAUGAAAAACAAUAUUCUGACCCAACGUCUCUCUGAUGACUUUGCUGGAAUGAGCUUUCCUGAAGUUGCCCGGCUCUGCUUUCUGAAGAUGCACCUCCUGUUGAUAGCCAUCGAAUACAAGUCCCUCUUUACAGAUGGUUUCUGUGGUCUGAUACUAAAUCCACCUGCACAAGUUAGGAUACAUAAGAACACACUAGGGUUCUUUAUUGCUGAAACACCAAAGGAAGUCAAAAGAGCCUUCUUUUACUGUUCGGUCUGUCACGAUGAUGUGUUUAUUCCUGAGCUAAUUACAAACUGUGGCUGCAAAAGCAGAAGCCGGCAGCACGUCACAGUGCCAGCGGUAAAAAUAGUGAAAAAAUGUAUGAAGGGACUCUCCUCUCGUAUGGCAGGGCAGGAUUCUCCUCCAAGGGUACAUGCAAGCACUUCAAGAAUAUCAGACUUCACCACCAGGACUUUUCUACAUGAUGUAGAACAAGAUUCUGACCAGCUUGAUAGUAGUGGGAUGUUUCACUGGUGCAAACCAAUCUCUUUGGACAAGGUGACUCUGAAACGAAGUCGCAAGUUAAAACAUAAGUUUCGGAACCACAUUGUAGCAUGUGUAUUUGGAGAUGCCCAAUCAGCCCUGAUAGGGCUUCGGAACUUUGUAAUGCCCUUGAGAGCCAGCAACUAUACCAGGAAGGAACUGAAGGACAUAGUGUUCAUUGGGUCUCUGGACUAUCUACAGAGAGAAUGGCGAUUUCUCCGGAAUUUUCCCCAGAUAUACAUUCUGCCUGGAUGCGCACUUUAUUCUGGAGACCUCCAUGCGGCCGAUAUAGAGCAAUGCUCCAUGUGUGUUGUCUUGUCCCCCCCAUCCAAGCCAUCAAGCAGCCAGACUUUGGUAGACGCAGAAGCCAUCCUGGCGACCCUCACCAUCGGAUCUUUGCAAAUUGACUCCUCCUCUGACUCGUUACCCUCAGUGUCAGGGGAGACUGCAAGUUACACAAAUGGACAUAAUGAGAAAUCAAACUGCCGAAAAGUCCCUAUCCUUAUAGAACUGAAAAAUCCUUCCAACAUUCACUUUAUUGAACGGCUUGGUGGACUGGAAGGGUCCCUCCAAGAAACAAAUCUGCAUCUCAGCACUGCCUUUUCUACAGGCACUGUUUUUUCUGGCAGCUUCUUGGAUUCUCUCCUGGCCACGGCCUUCUACAAUUAUCAUGUCCUGGAAUUGCUUCAGAUGCUGGUGACAGGAGGAGUAAGUUCUCAGCUGGAACAACAUUUAGAUAAGGAUAAAGUCUAUGGUGUGGCAGAUAGCUGCACGACGCUCUUGUCUGGAAGAAACCGGUGUAAAAUGGGGCUUCUGUCCUUACACCAAACCAUUUUGUCAGACGUUAACCCAAGAAACACCUUUGGACAACUGUUCUGUGGCUCAUUAGAUCUGUUUGGAAUCCUGUGUGUUGGCUUAUACCGAAUAAUUGAUGAAGAGGAGCUCAACCCAGAAAACAAAAGGGAAGUGUUUGUGAUCACCCGGCCAGCCAAUGAGUUCAAGCUGCUGCCCUCAGAUCUUGUGUUUUGUGCCAUACCCUUCAGCACUGCUUGUUAUAAAAGGAAUGAAGAGUUCUCAUCACAAAAGUCAUAUGAAAUUAUAAAAGAAGCAUCACAGACAACAGAGACACAUUCAGACACAAAUUUUCCUCCCACCAUUUAUUCAGUUGAUGAGACAUUGUAUUCACCAGUCUAUUCUUACCCGUCAAGAACUAACUCCGUCUCUUCUGCUAAGCAAACAGCACGGAGUCAGAUUAGAACAAACAGUUCUAUAACAUCCCAGAUACCUUUAGGUGACAAUGCAAAAGAAAAUGGAAAGAAAAUCUCAGACGAGAUUUCUGAUGAGGACCCCUUUGCAUAUUCAGAGCCACUAUAGACCUGCCCAUAUUCUUCACGUGCUCUUAACUUGCUGCUUACAAAUCAUCUCCCGAGAUGCUAACUUUGAACAAAGAAAAUAAAAAUGGAAGCAUGUCAUUUUUCUACCCAUUGCUUAGUGGUUCAUGAAGGCCACACUGUUUCAGAUGAGACAAAAGUCUAAUCCCACUGGAUCUUGUGUGAUAAAUAAAGAAAUAUAUGAUCAA